AUGGCGACAGAAGAAUAUGACAGCAGCUGUGAUGUUGACAUUGAUGAGUUGGUUAUUUCCAUGAAGUCAGAUUUAAAUCGUUGCAUGACACUAGUUGAGGAUCGUGAAAAAGGAAACAGGUGUUGCCUGAUAUGCAAAGUAGUGCACCGCAUUCGUCAAACUGACAGUACUGCAUAUGAGCCAAGUGUUCUUUCAGUUGGCCCUUAUCACCAUUCAGAGUUAUCACUUCAAGCUAUGGAAACAGAGAAAUGGAUAUGUCUGGACUAUAUUCUUAAACUAAACCGUGAAGUUAGUUUGCGCGAGUACCUGAGCUUCAUUUCUGUACUAGAGAAAGAAACAAGAGGCUAUUACACUGAGGAGAUAAACAUGGAUAGUAGAGAGUUCCUGCAGAUGCUUCUGCUAGAUAGCUGUUUUAUUCUUGUCUAUCUUGGUGGUAUACAUUCACAAGGAGCUAACGUUGAUGGUGAGCAACUGAAUGAAAACACGAUAUAUGUGAGGAAGAGGGAAGCAAAGGACAUGAGCCACAUGGAUGCAGUAUCCUGCCAAAGUGUGAGUGGGCACUUGGCCCUGGACAUUGAACUAAAUAAGAUGGGUAAAGACACUGAUAGUCACAACCAGGAGAAUUAUAGUGGAACUAUAGAAUGGUAUAACAGUUCUGCUGUAUAUGACCUACUUUUGCUGGAGAAUCAAAUUCCCUUCUUCAUUGUCAAGAAAAUUUAUCGUUUUUUCUCACGUCAUGUAGAUACUACUUCGUUACUCACGGGAAAAAUUUCUGAAUUCAUGGAAGGUAUCCUUUACCAUUUCCCCAAGGUAAUAACUGAGGCUAAUAGGCCAGAAGAUUUUUACCAUCUGCUACACCUGUGCCAUAAGUACCUGAAACCUAGUCACGGGCUGGAGGAUGACCAUCACCUAUAUGCUAUAAAGCCUCACUACUUCCACUUUAUAUUUGAUAUUAGCCGUAAGAUCUUCAGUUUUGGACGGGGCCAAGACAUGGUCCAUCAACAAACCAUGUUCCAUGAGCUAGAUUGGUCAAAUUCAGUACAGAAGAUUAAUAGGUGGCGUAGAGCAGUGGACUAUCAUGAAGCUGGAAUGAUGUUCAAGAAAAGGGAGUUUGAUGAAGACAAUCCUCAUUCUCUACUGGACAUUAGAUUUACAAAAGGUCUCAUGGAGAUACCAUGUUUGCCAAUCGAUGAUAAGUCUUCUUUGCUUUUCAGAAACCUUAUAGCUUUCGAGCAAACAUGUCCUCAAGUUGGGGAUGACAUCACUGCAUAUUUUAUGCUCAUGUCCCAGCUUACUAGUACGGCUUCUGAUGUUGCUCUUCUUGCCCAGAAAGGGAUUAUAGUCCACCAGAUGGAAAGCGAUGAGGAUGUAUCGACUCUCUUCACCAAGCUUUUUGAGUAUGUGGCAUUUAACUUCCAUGGUGAACACUACCUGAAAUCCCUAUGCUGUGCCAUGGAAGCACACUACCAAAACCGUAUUAAUAGGUGGAUGGCGUGGCUGUGGCACAAUCAUUUCAGCAACCCAUGGGUAGGCUUCGCCGCAGUAGCUUCUGCUUUUGUAGUUUUAUGCAGUAUCAUGCAAACCGUUCUUGCUUUCUUGUCAUACAGGGGAUGA